CUCGGUCGCCUCCCAGUGCCCCUUUUGUUCCUAAAAGUGUACUUUUUGUCCCUCCCAGCCCCUUCAAAGCCCAUCCCAGCCCCUCAGUUACCCGGGAACCCCACAUGGUGUGUGUCCGCGCACCCCCGGCUGUGCUGGGGGGCGGGUGGGCACCCUCCAGGUGUGCUCCCACCUCCCGCUGCUCCGGGACCGGUGCGCCGCUUUCCCCCGGGGGAGAGAAAAGAUGAGCCCCGCUCCUGGAUCUGCUCCCGGCGUGUCCCGGGAUCGCUCCGUCCUCCGCCGGCGGGGCCCCGGGAGCAGGAGGCUUCCCGGUGCGGUGCCGGUACCGGGCGGAGCCGCGGGCUCGGGGCAGCAGGAGGUUUCCCGGUGCCGGUACCGGGCGGAGCCGCGGGCUCGGGGGAGCAGGAGGUUUCCCGGUGCCGGUACCGGGGGGAGCCGCGGGCUCGGGGGAGCAGGAGGUUUCCCGGUGCCGGUGCCGGGCGGAGCCGCGGGCUCGGGGCAGCAGGAGGUUUCCCGGUGCCGGUGCCGGUACCGGGCGGAGCCGCGGGCUCGGGGGAGCAGGAGGUUUCCCGGUGCCGGUGCUGGUACCGGGCGGAGCCGCGGGCUCACGGCCCCGGCGGGGGCGGGGGGAGCCGACCCGGCCCCGGGCGCUGCCCCCGGCGCUCUCCGGCCUCCCGGGGCUCGGGCUCGUUUCGAUUUCGCUUUUGGCCGGGAUCGCGGCGCGGGGACGGCAGCGGAGCGCUGCGGACAGCGCCGGGCUCCGCUCGCUCCGGGCCGGCGGCCACCGGCCAUGCAGGGCAAAGUGGCCAUCAGCUCCUCCAGCCCCGUGGUGGCCGUGUCGUUGCCACCCCCAUCCCAGGCCCGACCCUCACCCAUCGGCACUGGGCAGAUCUGCAGGCUUCCAGGGAGGCUGAGAAUCCAGCCCUCCCUGUGGAGCAAGGACGAUGUGAUCCACUGGCUGCGAUGGGCCGAGCGGGAAUAUUCCCUGCGGCCCUCUGAGCGCAGCAGGUUCGAAAUGAACGGCAAAGCCUUGUGCAUCCUCACCAAGGACGACUUCAGACACCGAGCCCCCAGCUCAGGGGAUGUUCUUUAUGAAAUACUCCAGUUCAUUAAAACUCAGAGAAAAGCUCUGGUGUGCAGCCCCUUGAACUCACCCUUCAGGAAAGCCAGGAGCACAGAGGAAGGUGCAGACUGCAGUGCUGAGGCUGCCCCAGUUGUUUCCUCGAGGCUGGGCUGUGCAGAGCAGCCCCUCUUCCACAGCCACAUGCAGCCACUGAACCUCUCCCACCACAGCUCAGAGAGAAGCUGCAGGCCGGGUGCCAUCUGCACUUUUCCUGCUACCCUGUCGGCCCCAGCGGAUGGGAAAAUUGCAGACUGCAGGCUGCUGUGGGAGUACGUGUACCAGCUGCUGGCCGACCGCCGCUACGAGCCCUACAUCAGGUGGGAGGACAGGGAGGCCAAGGUGUUCCGCGUCGUCAACCCCAACGGGCUGGCCCAGCUCUGGGGCAACCACAAGAACCGGAUGAACAUGACCUAUGAGAAGAUGUCACGAGCGCUCAGACACUACUACAAACUCAACAUCAUCAAGAAGGAGCCAGGGCAGAAGCUGUUGUUCAGGUUUUUGAAGACUCCUGGGGAGGCUGUCCAUGAGAAAUCCAGCAAACUGGAGCAGCUGGAGAAUGAGGACCAUGCAGAUUUGAAGGAAGACCCACUGGAGGUUUCACCACAGUAAAUCUUUGGAGGCUUCACUUCAGUGCAUCACAAGGACACUUGUGCUGUGCAGGGCAGUGCUGGUGUCCCUUGCCUCUCCUGGACAAAGGCCACAGAGCUGGCCUGGAUUUCAAAGCCUGCUGUGAGCCAAAGUUGGGGCAUCUCUGAGGCUUCAUUAGCAAAACACAGCCAGAAGCUGUCCCCCAGCCCCAAAAGCACAGGGGGAUGUGUGGGCUGGUCUUCUGCUGGUUCCUCUCCUGCCCUGCAGGAGGGAAUGUGAUAUUUUUGCUCUGAAAUUUUGAUGCUUGUCUUUAAGGUCCAAACCUGUGGAAAAGCUCCCUCUGUUCUUCCAGGGAGAUGAGCAGAGCAGAGCACGAGUUCUGAGCUGAGCAUCUGCUGCUCUGCUUGGGCAGUGAGAGCUGUCCCCAGCUGGGAGCCCGGGCACACUGCAGACAUGGUGCAUGCUGGAAUCUCUGUCUCCUGUGAGGUUGCUCCUGGGAUUAAGGUUAGGAGUGUGCUGAAAUACCUGCCUGGAUCAGGCCUGGCUGAAGCUUCAUGCUUGCCCGUAGCUGGUAUCCACUUUAACUCCUUUCGUUCCAGGUAAUGACUUUUGUUAUUAGUUUUGUGAUUAAAUAAUGUGAAAAGAAACAAAGCCAGUAACAAAUGUGACCCCACCCAUGGUCAGAUAUGUGAUCAUUUGUUUUGCGUUUGAAGCAGGAAUACCUGAAGUGAACAAAGUGUCUGUGUGUGAGCGUGUGAAAACAGAAAAUACCCACUACUGUUUUCACUUUGCUUUCUACAGAGGAAAUAAAACGCUGUGACUGAAAGGUUGAAAAUCUCACUUCUUGCUGUUUGAAGGUCUGAAACUGGGAAAUCCAAGCUUUCCUCAUUUAAAACCAGCUCCUGUGGGCACCCAGAUCUCAUCCCCAACAUCUUUUGGCAGCUGCUAAGCCGGAGGCCACCAGUCCGAGCUGCUCAGCAGCUGAUGGGUGAGCACAGCACAAACAUGUGGUUUCAUCUUGAGGUUUCCACCAAAACUGGCUACUGCCAACCUGA